CUUCUUCUUCUUCUGGAGAAGGAACCUGCGAGCUGCUCCGAAGCACAAGCCAAGCAUCGCAGCCCUAGCCCCAACAUCGCCUCCUGCCAGCCAGCCAGCCCUUCCGCCUAAGCAACGGAGGGAGAAAAGACCCAUCCUCCUCCAGCCCUUUCCCUGCAGCAGGAGAGGCUCCCUGGGAUCCCUUGCCUCCCCCAUAGGCUUGCUUUCCCCUUCUUCCUUCGGAGGGUCGCACGUGUGGCUCCGGGUCCUUGCCUUGCGCGCUCUCUCUCUCUCUCUCUCUCGCUGCCUUCAGCCCAAGGCCUCCUCGCUGCCUGCCUUUCUCUUUGCCAAGACCUCGCCUGGGACUGUGCCAUGGUCCCAUCCUGCUGGCUCCUGGGGCUGCUCCUCCUAGCUUAUGCAUCUGGAAAGAAGCUAUGGGAUGUCCCUAUACCUCACACAGACCAGAGCGGACCAGGGAAACUGCAAUGGGAGCCACAGUGCCAGUACCAAUUGCGCCACCUUCAGGAUGGUGCUAGGAUUUCAGCUCUUCUGCCUCCCCAGUUGGAAGGUCAUUGGGUUUCAACAGGAUGCGAGGUACGUCCAGGACCUGAAUUCCUCACCCGGUCAUAUAUGUUCUUUGCCAACCGCCUCUUCAAAGCUUAUCAAUUCUACUACCGCGACCCUGUGUGCCAGGAACCCACCUACUCCCUGGUCAUUAAAGGCAAAAUCAGGCUCCGCCAAGCCUCCUGGAUCACUCGAGGUGCUACAGAAGCUGAUUACCACCUUCACAAAGUUGGCAUUGUCUUUCACAGCCAGAGGGCCAUGUGGGAAACGGUUGCCCGCAUCAACCAGAGUUCAGGGGAGCACUGCCGUGAGUUCUUGCCAGCUGGGCGGACUUGGGCUCCUGGUGUUGUGUAUGAGCUUCUGAGUGCUAAAGUAGAACGAGACUGUACCUCAGGGCUUGGCUUUGCCAUGCACGAACUUAGCCUUGUACGAGUGGAAAAGUACCAGCCAUCACUGUUCCUCCAGCAGAACCAGGGGAGCGGAGAGAUAGAAGAGCUGUAUCUUGGGGACAUCCAUACUGAGUGGUCAGAAAGGCUCCAUUAUCGACCCACUGGAUACCAGCAUCCCCUCCAGAAUGCCAUGCACCACAUCCACCCUUGUCCUGUCUGUGGGAUAAUAUACAGAGCUGAUGAACACCAUCCACCUAUUCUGCCAGAUAGACCUGAACUCCCAAUGUUGCUGACUGGCCGCUGGGUCAGCUCUCGGUGUGAAGUCCGCCCAGCAGUGCUUUUUCUCUCAAGAUAUUUCAUCUUCCAUGGUCACAACCGCACAUGGGAAGGCUACUACUACCACUACUCUGACCCUCUCUGCAAACAGCCAACAUUCACUGUGUAUGCCUCAGGCCACUAUACACAAGGAGCACCCUCCCUCAUUGUGAGGGGAGGCACUGAGCUGGUCUUCAAGGUGACCCGUGCUCGAGUCACACCAAUGGAUCAGGUAACUGUAGCAAUGCUCAACUCCUCUGACUUUGGGAGCUGUGGGGAGGCUGGCUCAUGGCAUAUUGGGGAGGAACUGGAUGUGACUCACACAAACGGAUGCGCAGCUCUGGGGAUCAGACUCCCCCACACAGAGUAUGAACUCUUCAGAAUUGAACAGGAUGCCAAAGAACGCAGCUUGCUCUAUAUCGGUGAGAGACCAACCGAUGGGUCGAGCCCCAGCACACCCAGCAAGCGGCCCACCUCUUAUCAGUCCCCUCUCCUCCAAUGUGGAGGGACAUCAGCAACCUUGGCAAGACUCAGCGAAUCAAACUUCUUGAGAAGAUUAGGCAAUGAUGUUAGUAGUGGGGCAGUGAAAACAUUACCCCAGGUGUCACUGCUUUCAUUCCUAGUGAUACAGCUGGUCACAUGGGACUAAAGGCCAAGACACUUUGCUCCAUGAGCUGCUCAGAAUCCAGACAGCCUUAGCAUUGUGACAUUGGAGUAUCCACACCAAAAAAAUUAGCACAUUUGGAAGCUAUUUUACUUCAUACUUUACAACUGUGUACACUAUGCUUUCUUGAUGAUUGACACAUGACAGAUGAACUUCUCACCUUCAUACAUGCCUGAGUAUGGACACCCACCUCCAAAUCUGUCAUUCAUGGGACAGAAACCUAUUGGAUGUCUUAAUGCAUGUGUACGGUCUUCUGUGGAAGUGGUUGGACAUCUUUGUCCAAUGUGGAAUGGCCCAUUUCAGAUCAAGGUUGCAGAAGUGAAGUUGCUCAUGUACACUUGGUGAGGUUCAAUUUUUCAUUGUUGGCCUUCAGCAUAAGGGUUGCAUAGCAUGAUUAAUACGUAAUUCUGCAUGUGGAGAUUCACUCUAUACAACCCUGAUGCAGGAUUCUGGCCACAAUCUUCAGUAUAGAAGUGGUCAGCUUUUUAAACAUGUGAUUUAUGUUGCAUUGAUCACAUACAAUUGCCUAGUUCUGGGCUAGGAGAGAACUUCAUGACACUUCUCUCCCUGUUCCCUUCUCCUCUAGCCAAAGCAUUCUGAUGUGCAGAGAAGCAAUUUUGCUUUCAUGGGGCAAAUUUCCUUUUCAAAGUCAUUCAAGGUUGAUCUUACUGACACAUUAGGCCUGUAUACAAUUCUAACCAAUAUAUAAUUAACAACUGCUUCAAAAAUAACAUGUUGGGAUUAGAGUGCUUGGGACUGAGUUUUCAUAGAAUAUGCCACCUAUGAGGAAAUGUGCACAUACAUUCAAACCCCUUUUCCUUUGAUAGGGUGAUGGUGGGAAACUGCAAGGAAACUGGUGACUAGAACUGAUAGUGUGCUCCAGUGAAGCUGGAGAAUAAUUUUGUUUUGUAGCAGGAAUAGAUAGUGUCGGGAUGCUCUCUUAGUGAAGGACUUCUUGUUAUUUUUCAAAUUCUAAGAAUCCCAGCUGUAAAAGUGGUAAGAUUCUAGUCCUGAGGACUAAGAUUGAUAAAGCAAUAGCAAAACAGUGCUGAAGAUAUUUUUUGAAAUGUUUUGUUAUUAGUUCAGACAGGCCUGCACAGUUUGUGCAGGUAAAAUGCCAGUGAUUAACAAUACAUGGCUGUCCACUGACAUUUAAAAUACCUGGAGCCCCUUUUCACUACACAAUUGUAGUGCUGUUAUUCCACUUAAACUGCCAUGGGUGCAUCGUGUAGAAUCAUGGCGUCUGCAACUAGAAAUCUCAGCCAGAGAAAUCUAGUGUUUCAUCAGUCUGCAUAUCCCAGGAUUCAACAGGCUGCAGCCAUGACAGUUUAGGUA